AUGGAUAACUACCAGGCUUUAAGAGCAUUGUUGACUUUGGGAGCCAUCACGGGAGCUGAAAGACCAAUAAGAGCUGCUGCCGAAAGCAUUUUUAAUUCUAAAUUAGUGUUGACAAUUGGACCUGAAGAGAUGCAAAAUCCUACUAGAAGAGCAGGACAAGCAAAGCAAAAUAAAGAUCCUAGUCCUGAACAAGAAGCCCAUACCGAAAGAAUGUUUAAGAGCACUUUUAAGGAUGUUUUAGAUAAAUCUGUUGAACCAGCCAUGUUUAAUGCCAAUACAAUUGAUUUUCACUAUUCUUUUGGAGAAUUCCUUAAUCGUUAUACUACUCCUCUAUUUUAUUAUCGGUGUGAAAUUAGAGCUAGGAACUUGAACCCAAAAACCUGGUUAUUGAAAAUGAAAAGAAAUGAUGGUAAAGAUUUAACUAAUCCCGAUUUAAGGUUUGCCCAUGCUACUAGUCAUGUUCAGAUAGGAAGCAAUGCUUUUUCUACUUAUCAAGCCGAAGAAGAAGUAAUCGAAAAGAGGGAACAAAUAAGGGAAACUUUAAUGACAGCCGACAUGACUAAUGCCGAUUAUAGAGCGGGAGGAAGAGAUUGCUUAGGUUGUUUAUGUGGAGGUGGUUCUCAUGGAGAUCCUAAUUACAACUUUUCUCAAACUUACAAUUUUACUUCGGGAGGUAGGUUAGUUUUAAAAACCAGGGGUAGCGGAGAGCAAACCUGCACCAUUCCUGAACAAGGAGGUAAAGUUAUUUUUGAAGCUCAAGGAAAUACAGGAACUAUUACUUUAGAGACUGAAAGAAUUACCCGAGAAACUAAAAUUAAAAAAGGUGAAACUAUCAUCCAGGAAAUUGACCAAGAAAAAUUAGAAAACGAGGUUGAAACAGAAGAAUUAGAAACUUUGGAACAAGAAAACGAAGAAGAAAUGAAUAAGGAAUUAAAUUCAGGAGGAGAUAGAGAGCGUGAGCAGGAACCCGAGAAGGAGCCUGAAAAAGAGCAAGAAAUAGAAAAAGAGGAUGAGCAAGAACAUAAGCCAUAUUUUUUAAAUCUUUCACUUA